AUGAGUGCCGAAAAUUCGGCUCUGACUUCGCCAUCUUCGGUCUCGAGUACUUCCAGACGACAUUCUAUAUUUUCUGUUUCCUCAACUGCCGACCGCGAUAAACCUCUCCUAGCAGGCGCACCGACAUCCUACCGCUUCGAAAUACGGCCCACUCCACACGCCGGCCGCGCCGUCUUUGCUGUACAGGACAUGCUCAAGAACGCACUGCUGUGGCGCUUAGAUGACCCCACCUUCGGCAUCCUCUGGCGUUACCACAAUUCGUACGACUGGGAAAAGCUUCUCGCUCUCGCUCUCGCCUCAGACAGCACGCCCUACCACAAUGCCGACGACCUCAGCGCCUUCACACGCACUUAUCUACAUCUCCUUGCCAUUCUCCCGCCGCUUCUCCUCCCCCUUGUCACAGCAGAAAUUGAAGAUGCUACGAUUAGGAUUCAAGUAGAUCCAUGA